AUGGAAUCAACUACAGAAACUCGUACGGUUGAGGCAAAAUGCUACUGUGGUGGCGUACACUUCAACCUCGAUAUACCUGUCGCGGACCUGCCGCUCAAGGCCUACUUUUGCCACUGCAGCAUAUGUCGCUAUAACACGGGCACUCUGGCCAAUAUGCACGCCAACCUUAGCCAAGGCGUCGAACCGAAAUGGGUUGCGCCGUCGAGUAGCGAAAGCCUGGUGUCGUAUCAUAUAGACGGUGUCGGAUACACACCAAAGUCGUGCUCGACUUGUGGCUGUCACAUUGGCGCCGUUGGAAACGACGACGGAGGGUGGACGCUGGCAACAGCCGUCCUGAAAGAACAUGGCCGCGACCUUGUCAAGAUCACCUCGCACGUCUUCAGCAAGUCCGCUGGAGACGGCGGGCUGUCGGGCAUCCUUACGCACGUCCAGGGCAAGGAAAUAGCCACCUGGAACCCAAAGGACGACCAGCCGAGCGCAGCCGCCCCAAAGUCCAAGCCCGAAGCCGGCGCUGACGGACAGGAGAGGCUCCGGGCGCAGUGCCGCUGUGGCGGUGUCUCCUUCACCGUACCCCGACCGAACCGGGCCAUGGCUGAACACGCCUACGCGAAGCACUUUGUAUCACCGCUCGACCCGAACAAAUGGUACGGCACGCUUGAUGUCUGUGAUGACUGCAGGCUCAUAAACGGGACGCCAGUGGCGUCCUGGAUCUUCGUUCCCCUCGACACGCUCGAGCCGACAAUCGGCGAGGACCUCCGCCUCGGCACGCUCAAGACGUAUGUGUCCUCGGAGGGCGUGACGCGCGCGUUUUGCGGCGUGUGCAGCGCGACAGUCUUCUUCCUGCAGCACAGUCGGCGCUACAACGAAGUGCCGGUGGUCGACAUCUCAACAGGGCUGCUCAGGGCGCCGGAGGGGGCCAUGGCGGAACGCUGGAUCACUUGGCGGACGCGGUCGUCCUUUGAGGGCGACGGGCUUGCUUUUGACAAAGAUAUGGCGGAGGGAAUCGUCGAGGGCAUGAAGAAGUGGACAGCGGAGAGAAAUGGCGGACAUGUUUUGACGGGCGAGAUUUGA